AUGCGAAACACGGGAGGAACGGAUGACGUGCCACCGGGAAAGAAGGCGUCACUGGGACCGGCUCAACGAAGAGACAACGCCGUGGUAACGACCCGAAAUCCUUAUAUGGUAUACCGAGCGGCGAGGGCCAACUCCAUCUCUCCACCCUCCACCCCAAUACCGGCUCACAUACCGUUGGCGGAUUUCUUGCCGAAGCUGCAUGAUCCUAGCCGAAACGAUGCCCCAAGUCUUACAACCAGCACAUUACCCGGCUACGAGACCAGUCCUUUGGAUCCAGGACCACCAGUGCUGCCACCUGUAGCCAUGCAGCUACAGCAACGAAGCAGUGAUGUGGCCAACCAGAACCCUUUAUCAUUGCGCCCUUCGCCCCUGCAGACGUCAUGGGCAACUGGUCCAAAGGCUCCAAGAACCGCUGAUGCACAGAUCAUGACAAAGUUGUCUUCUCUGGCCCAAGAUGCCCUUCCUCGCCCUCCUACGAGUAGUACUCGUCGACCGUCCAUCUCUUCUCACAUCGAUCUCGUCGAGGCUGCUGCGAGACUUAAACGAACGCACUCGUACCAAGGCAUGGUGCACGCCGUCGAAUCAUUGCACGGGGACGCAGUAGAAACACCAGGCACCGCUGGAGGAUUGGCUGAUGACGAAAUCACACAAGUUGGCGAGCUCGAGCCAGAGCCCGUAUUGCAGAUUGGGCACUACACCUACAUACGAUCAGAUUCCGACGAUUUCCGCAUCUCCCUGAUUCGAAAUGACGGUACCUGCUACUAUACAGCAACUCCAGUGGCUCGUAUGGGUAGUCGCCGUUUCAAAAAACACGAGCCGAGACCACCGGCAAAGAGCAUAGGCCCGUACGGCUUUUCGCGGGUGCAUGAGGCCUUGUUCGUGUUGGUGAUCUGUUUGUCACAAGUCUUGAUGCUAGUGGGAAUUGCCCAAGCUUUGGUUCCAGCUAAAAUCAUGGGCCAGUCGUUCCUAAACACCCGUCCCGGUGAUAUUGCUUGGUACUCGGCCGCGUACGGACUGACCUCUGGCACAUUCGUACUUCCCGCAGGAAGACUCGGCGAUAUUUUUGGCCAUAGCCGCCUUUUCAUCAUCGGGUUCGUCUGGUUCGCCGCCUGGAGCCUCAUAGCCGGGUUUUCAGAGGCUGUGCAGCGGGCAGGCGGCGCCGGAACUAUCUUCUUCGUCGUCAGCCGCGCUUUUCAAGGAAUCGGACCGGCCAUUCUUGUACCCAACGGGCAGGCUAUGUUGGGUCGCGCUUAUGCUCCCGGGACUCGCAAAAACGUGGUAAUGUGCCUCUUUGGAGCUGCUGCGCCUUUUGGAUUUGUUCUUGGCGCGGUUAUGUCGUCUCUCUUUGCCGAGCGUGCUUCGUGGCCGUGGGCUUUCUGGACGAUGGCUGCAGUUUGUGUCGCACUCGCUGCUGUAAGCGCGGGAAUUCUGCCGGCCGAUGCACCCCGAGAUGGCGACCAGAUGGUCUUGGCCGAUGAGGACGGCGAGGACAAUGAUGAUGUUGUCACAUCCAAGGCAAAGAACAGGAGAGAGUCUCUGUGGGUGCGGAUGGAUGCUGCCGGCAUGAUCUUGGGCGUCUCGGGCCUUGUUCUCAUCAACUUCGCCUUCAGCCAGGCACCCAUUGUCGGCUGGACGACCGCUUACACCUAUUUUCUAUUAAUCAUCGGCCUACUGGCCAUGUGUGCUUUUGCCUAUGUGGAGACGUUCCAGGCGACCCAUCCGCUUGUGCCGUUCGCAGCCAUGUCCGCGUCAACGAACUUCGUGCUUGGAUGUACGGCCACAGGAUGGGGCUGCUUCUCCGUCUGGGUUUACUACGCCGUAUCCACCAUGGAAAACAUACGCGGCUGGUCGCCGCUGCUGACGAGCGCGGCCUUUGCGCCUGCACCCUUGAGUGGGCUGGCAGCCAGUCUAUUGACCGGCGUACUUUUCAGUCAUCAUGUGAAGCCGCACUGGGUCAUGCUGAUCAGCAUGUGCGCCUUUUUUAUUGGAAGCCUAUUAUUUGCCACAGGUCCGCCGGGACAGCUGUACUGGUACAACUCCUUUUUCGCCAUUUUAAUCAUGCCUUUUGGCAUGGACAUGAGCAACCCAGCGGCCACCAUUAUGCUUAGUAAUAGCGUCGGCAAAACAAACCAGGGCAUCGCGGCCAGCCUUGUUGUGACGGUAGUCAACUAUUCGAUCUCGCUUGCGCUGGGUAUUUCCGGGACCGUUGAGGCAAGCGUGCUUGAUACCAACAAUUUGCUCCGUGGCUACAGGGCGGCGCAGUACUUUGGUCUCGGCCUUGGAGGUCUAGGAAUCCUGCUUGCAACCGCCUUCUUGUGCCAGAAUCGUUUGCGCGCAUCGAGGGCUUCACAAACGCCACGGGCAGAAAAGUCCACGCGCUAA